AUGGUUGAAGAUGUCAUUGCUCAAAGGAAAGGUCAUCCGGUAAAACAUGAUCUCAGUGACAUUCCCUCAGAACCAAAGAAAGCAAGACUUGACAUCUUUUCUACAUUGGAAAAAGAAGAGAAGUUGACUGCUGCAACUACUGAAAAAUCAGCCACCAAAGAGCGAGAAAGCCAAGAUUCAAGUGAUGACAACAUGGACACAGAUGGUUUUGCAGUGGAUCUUGGCAUUGCUUGUAAUGUUUGCCAACAAUUUGAAGUGACUUCUGGAAACCAAUUAAUUGAAUGCCAAGAAUGCCAUAACUUGUACCACCAGGAAUGCCACAAGCCCCCUGUUAUUGGGCAGGAUGUUAAUGACCCUCGAUUUGUAUGGUACUGUACAAGAUGUGUUAAGAAUUUGGAGAAAAUGGCCACCAAACCCCCUAAACCAAUCAAGUCAUCAUCUGCAGAGAGUAGUAAGUCUUCUCUCUUGUCCUCCAGUGGAAGCAAAUCAAGCCGAACGGACUCAUUAGACAUUUUUCCUUUCCGUCGAGUAGAAUCCAAAAUUCCUCCAAGUAGCAUGGCAGCAAAGCCUAUGAGUGGUCUGGUCAGUCUUGCCGCAAACUUGUCAGGGAAGACCACAUCUGAUGUUCUUUCCAAGUCUUCUUUGACCAAGUCCGAACAGACCAAGCACAGUUCAUCAUCUUCCUCUUCAUCCUCGAAGGAAGCAAAAUCUUCUUCUGGUCCAAAGCUGGACUUACCGGAGAAGAACUUAUUUGCUGCAGCCCUCACCAUGGGCUCUAAGCUACCUGCAAAGGGACCAUCCAAGACAUCAAGCAGUAUUCAAAUGGCCAAUGCUGACAAACGUCUGCAGAUGAUGAAGAAGAAAGCUGCAGCCAAACUACAGGAAAAAAGGACAUUUUUAAAAUAA